UCCACAGGAUAUCCUUGAUCGCGGGAAGAUCCCUAUUGUUGUGGGGGGCACCAGUUUUUAUCUGCGUAUGUACCGAAAUGGUUUACCGGGUGGAGCGGCUACUACUAAGGAAUCUGAGGCCGAGGUGCAAAAGAUCAUCGAUGCGGACGGCAGAGAUUGGGACACGUCGCUCGCAAGGCUAACCAAAGCAGACCCGAUUUACGCACCCACUCUGUGCCGUAAUGACUGGUAUCGGUUAAAACGCGCGCUGGUCAUCGUUCACUCCACGGGAAAGCCGGUGUCGUACUUUAAGAAGAACGAGAAUAUCACGAGAUCUGAGCAGGACUAUGACUUCCGCUGUUUUUUCUUGACGCAGCCGCGGCUUGACUUCUGUUUGAAAAGCGAUGCGCGCUGCGAAGAGAUUGUCGAUCGAGGUCUGAUCGAGGAAACGGCUAAGAUAUAUGGGAUGGGUUUGUUGUAUGAGCAUACUGUGGGAAGCGCCAUCGGAUACAAGCAGGCGAUCCAGUACUUGAAUGCGGAAUGGCUUACACCUCUUAAGAUCUCUCGGCAGCGUAAGAGUCGCCGUCUGUUAAAGUUCAUAAGCGAUUACCAGGCAACAGUUCGGCGCUAUGCACGGACACAGAUGGGGUACCACAACAAGGACACGCAGUUUAUGUGGCUGGAUGCUUCAGAGCCUGACGUGCAGGUGAGAGAAGAGCAGCUUAUCACCAGCAUCAAGCAGCUGUACGAGAGCACAGAGGCGGACUAUGAAAGUGCCUUGGCUGAGAAUGCCGAGUUCCGUACGGCGUCCUAUCAGAUCACGCCCAAAGAAGAGAAGCUCAUGAAGAGAUGGAUACCCGAGAAUACGCUAUACAACACCCCACAGCACAUUGAGGCGAAACUAGAGUCUAUUGAAGCCGCACUGAUAGUACAUAAAAUGCUGGAAGUUGAGGAGAAGACCACGGACGAUGAGAAAACACCAGUCGUGCUUUCAAAGAGGGCGAAAAACAGAUCCCUGGAGGGUCGAUAAAUAUUAGAAAAUUAGCAGCGAGAAAGAUUGCUAAUAAAUUGGAGUAUAC